AUGCCCGCCUCCAUCGCCACUUCCUUUUGCACCAUCUCGGGAUUCAGUAUCUUCUCUAUAAUGGCUAGCGCUCUGGAAACUCUUUGCGGCCAAGCCUAUGGAGCCAAGCAAUACCACACUCUGGGAAUUCUUCUUGAUCUCGCUACCAUUUGCUCUUUUGUUCAACAAUGUGGAACCCUCAAGGCCGGGAUCUACGCCCGUUAUUUGAUCCCGGGAUUGCUAUCCUAUGCUUUGAUCCAGCCACUCAUGAGAUUUCUCCAGAUCCAUAUCUGCGUGGUUCCAAUGCUGCUCUACUGGAUCAUGAUCCACAAGCUGAAGCUGGGAAUUGGACUCAGCAUUUCCUACUAG